GAGCUGCCAUCAAAAUCAACUUCAGAAACGACGGCUACUACCAGCACAAACUCUUCAAUAAGGACGGCAAUUGCAGUGAACACAAGAACACAACGGCAUCAACAUUAUCAUCUUCUUCAUCAUCAGCCUCAACAACCUCAACAGCACCCACAUCAGAGCCCUCCACCAAUUCCACCUCAUCGGCGUCCAUAUUCGGGAACUUCGGUAAAGGCAAACCACCAUCGUAAUGGAAUCGAUGUCGACAAUGAAAGCAGUCACAGCAUCCACCAUCGCAUUCCUUUAACGCCACAGAUCAUUAUGACGAACAAUCCAUCAUCGAGAACGGCCGAUAACGGGGAACCGGGUGGCGUUGUGACAAAUCAAAGCAGAAAAUUGGAGGCAGACGAUUCCAAGCGAGCUCAAUGGAGCAAGCUACUUUACCUUGUGAGCCCUGGGGAUGACAGACCUUCCUCGACAGGACAGCGGGGAUUAACACGAAAAGAUAAUCGGUACGCAACAAGUAAUGGGGCUAGCAAUGGCGGCUGCGUCACUAGAAGUCAUGAUGCAUCAUCAGAAACGGCCGGGAGUUGCGGCAGCGGCGAAGGAAAGACCAGGAUCGUAACAACGAGAAUCGUUUACAAGACGAUCACGCGCCCAAGUGGCAUUGAUGGAACUCUAAAUCCGUCAAGACGUGAUCAUGCCAACAGCGCGGUGCCGCCAGGUUUGUCGGCCACACUGCCACUUGGAGUUGAUCCGACCAUCAUCAAUCCAAUACCGAAACCAAAGCGUCAUGUGAGUCUGCCGGGAACGGUCAUUGCGAUUAAUUCAGAGAGUGGCAUUUCCAUAAUGUCGGAUACUGGUAAUACCCCGCCACAGAACUAUACGACUACAGCGACUACGGUAUCGAGCGAAUCGGAAACAACUACGUCUCGGCUGUUGAGAAAUCGUCUACCUAAACCUGGUCGACUCUACAAGACUGCUAAGGGCGUGACACAUUCGAAAUCCAUGAGUGCUCUAUCAGCCUUGCGGGGGGCUGGUGCAAAGCUUGCUCAUCACCUUACGUCGAUUGCGAGAUCUCGGGAGGUAUCACCGGCUAGGGCGCCAGACAACCUGUCCACCUCGACUUUAAACUCCGAAUUUAAGGCGUGUGCGUUCUCUUACCGAGUAAAUGAAGACUUAGAGGUCGAUUUGCUAGGAGAGAUCACUGACGAAUUUUCACGGCGAGCCCGUGAAGCCAUGGUUUCCACUUCUAACCAACGGGCUACUCCUGCUGAGCAGACUAUUAAGACAGAAAGAGUAAGAUCCUCGACUGCAUUAAGGCAAGGACUACAGCCUCGAGCGGGAUGCAGUCACGACACCCCUAGAAGAGCAUCAGUUAUUGCCCGACUGAUAUUCACGCCUUUGGCCUCAACAGAGGUAGAUAGUGGCCUACCAAGCUAUGGACCAGGACCUUCUCAGGUACCUCCAGAAAUAGCUCAAAAAUCCUCGUCAUUUCCGGCGUCCGGCCGCACUUUCCGUGAAAGACCUCCCAGUUCCUCAAGGACAAACCCUAUGAUAGCAAACUCGGCAGACGCUAAGCGUCUGUCCCGAUUAAUUUAUCGUGGAGGCGUCGGAGGAGCACCCGAUAUGCAGCUCCACCAUCGACACCAGGCUCUGGGUCCCAGUUUGUUGCAGGCACUUGAAGGGUACCGCAGGUCGUCACCAUCUCCGUCACCUGCUUAUCCGCUCAGUUGUUGCAGCUCAAGCAGUCGUGGAUCAAGCCCAGUGUCACAUUCGCAGCUAAGUGUUACACCGUCCGAGGUGGGCUCCGACUUCUAUAUCCAAGGCCGCAGGCGUUUCAGGCGAGCCAAGACCGAUCUCGGGCCAGGAGGCAGUGCUCAGGGACCUCAGCCGGCGCGUCUCACCGAGCGCGAGAUCGCUAAACGCGCACAACACGGGCCCCGCCAAGUUCGUAAGCUGCUGAGCGAAAUCGACGCAAGCAGCGAUACUUCGUCGAUCAAGUCGCACAAGAGACGUCUUGUCUAUUACUAUACAUGUCUCUAAAUAGGAGAAACGACAGAUAGCAAGCUCCGACUUCCAUCGGCGCUUCUUUCCAUGCCAAUUCGAUCUGACCAAUGUUCGUGCAUUACAUUCUGCGCACACGAAGUUGAAGUGCAACAUAGGGCUUCUGAAGAAAUUCGUAUAAACAAGUGAUGGUGAUGAUGAUGAUGAUAAUAAUUGAUAAUGAGAAACGGAACGACAGUGCGUCUGAAAGCUGUCCUACUGCUAUAGAGAAAAAUAAGCUUGGAACAAAUAUGUCUUGGCGCCUGAUCGAAGUUGCUCAUCUAUUAGUUGCAUUUAUUGACGCUUCUUGAUCUCCUAGCACUUUUCUUGACGAUAGUGGGUAUCUACUGUAUGUGUUUAUAAUGGGGUAUAAGUGAUGAUAUAAGAGAGAUACGAAAAUGUAGAGGAGGUUUACAGAAUUGUUCCGAUAUAAAGAUCACACAAUUUAAUGACCAAAUUGAAGAAAGCAUAAAAGUUUACACAGCCAACACCGCCAGACUCUGAACAUUAGCCAUACAAUAAAUUAAGUUCUAUCGUUUGGCUGACCGCUAAGAACAUAUUUACAUUUCACUGUCUUCUCGGGAUUGAUAAUAGCAAAUUUACUCUUUGUAACAAACCUUUGAAUUAUUAAACAGUUAUUGACAAUAUAACAAUAAUUCAGCAAAUGUUAAGUGAACUUGAUAAUGAAGUUUUCGUUCUUUUGAUAAGGUACAUCAUUAGAAAUGUAUCGCUCGUGGAACGAACAGGCCACCAACAAAAUAGGUCGCGAAUUCAUGUAUCUUUGAUAUUGAUUGUCCAUCAUGAUCGAAUCGAGCUAGCAAAUAUACCUCAAUUGUAAGAAAAUGGCCAUGGAUGAGCUGAAGAAUAUCUGUUACCACUUUUUAUAUAUAAAAAAAAAAAGGAAAAAACAUUGCCAACGAAAAUACCCAUAGCGAGAAAGGCCUUUAUAAAGACGGUGGCCAACAUUUAGCAACGUGAUUUCAUCGCAACCUAACUGCUACAAGAUGGGGUCUGCAAAAAUCACAUGUAGGUCCAUAAGGCCGCCGCGUGCUCAACAUGUGAUGCGAGAAAGACUGAUAAUCGCUUGACACGAAUUAGGUUGAGGAUUAUGAGAAUCAUAUUUACUGCUGUCGCUCGUACCGGUGAAGGAUUAGUAGCAUGUAGCAGGAAAAGAUUAGUGAGUGACUGAUAAGACAGUAUGAAUGUAAGUGGCUUCUGAAGUAGUUUUUGAUGGUAGCUUAUACCAAGCGAAAGGGAUAAAUCAGUGAAGUGUGGACGAAAGACCAUAUAUGUAUAUGGUCCGCGGUGUGAAUGAUUGACAUUAUGCGCGUGUGCAAAAAAAUGAGCAGCAGGCCUCAAUACAAACAGGCUGCAAUGAAGAGGUCGCCUGAGAAACUAUCAAGAUAGGCGAUCCGGUUAAUUCGACAGAAUCCAAGGACCGGUAGCAUGUAAACGGUUGAAUCCAUUUGGUUGAUAAAAAUAACCAAAUAUCGGUAAAGAGCGGUAAAAACAGAGUAAAUCACAGAAUGACAUCGUGACGUAAUUUGGGAUCUAAUGCUUUCUCACAACCUUUAUGUGAAAAAGACAACUCAUACUUAGUAACACUCGUCAUGCUCGGCUGGAGUGUUCUUGGCAUCCGGAUGGUCUGCGAGACGCAGACAAUGUAAUAGCUAUAAUAUAUACACAGAAAUAUAAACACAUGUGAAGGUAUAAGAUGAGACAAUGUUUCAGACGAUUGAGCAAAAAUAAAUUUCGUUGCCUAAGUGUA